GGGAGCUGCCCGGCCAACAGCAGUGGGGAAAGCUGCCACUCUCGUUGACUUUCAUCAAUCAUUCUAGGUUGCCUUCACAUUCACUCCUCAGCCGAAUUGUUGUCUUGCCUUUUGCAAACGAGCAUAAGAAGAAGACGAAAAACAACUGGAUAUCAUGGGUCAUUUAACUCACGAUGAGUUCUUCUCCAAGCUCACCAAUCUGUUCGAGUAUAGGAAGAACCAAGAUCACGGAACCAUCAACCUAGUACAAAAGAGGCUAUCCUACAGCACCCCUUCCCAAUCCACGGAUACCGACCCUCUCACUGACCUCAACCCUGCCACCCCGCUCCCGGUUCUCAUCCGCGCCACCAACGCCAAGGGCAAGGACAAGAGGACAGAAAAGGUCAAGCUGUCCACCAUUGUCGAGCCAGCCGACCUGGAAACCUUCUACGGGAGGUACGCCGAUGUUUGCAAGAAGGGCAUGGGGGCAUUGAAGCCGAGAGACAGGACCAAGAGGAAAAAGCAGUCGAGGAAGAAGAAGACAGGUCCUGCAGCCGCUGGAGGUCCUGGUGUUGGUGCUGGUGGGACUUCUAUGAUGGCUAUUCCCUGAUUGGACUCGAAACAAGCGUUGCAAAUUACACCAUUGCUGUUUCUGUCUUCUUGUGUGUACAUGACCUAACGGAAGGAGGGAUCUGUAUGAGGGUACCGUAUUAAAUUUUGUAAUAUUCCCAAGCUUUGGUGGAAUACCCUGGUUCAAGUCAGUGGGUACGCAUGGUAAGGAAAGCGUUGGUGAGUAGUACCGCAUCAUAGCCUUCAAUCUGCCACUCUCGGUUACCCUACCUCUCGACUCACCUGCUCGUAGUUGGUAUUACCCUUCAAGACGACUAGCGAGAAAGGAAGGGAAGAAAAAAAAGGUGUUGGGAGAGGGGGGGAAGGGGGAAUAUGAAAAGCUCAGCUGCCUAUCUAGCGUGCAGCGCACAUCUACUAUCUACGUGAGCUACUGGAGUUAAUGAAAGGUGCGAACUAAAGGGAUCAUAUGCCCGUUCUGGAGAAUGUUCAGUCCUGCCGCAGGAAGUAUGCGGCCCUUCGUGGAAAUGGAGAUGGAAGGGAAAGAGAGGAACAUGAAAUGAAUGAGUGACGGAAGAAGCGUGAGAGAACGACUGCUGUGCCUCAACAGAGAAGCUGUUGAACGAAGGGGAGAGUAAGAGCG